CUUUUCUGACGCAGGUGCUCCUAAUUGGACUCUGAGAACAGAGACCGCCGCAGCGCGACCAGAGAGAAGUUUCUUACAAUCAUUAAAUCAUCUAAAGGUGUUUAACCCGAUCAUGGUUCUCCUGCUGCUGCUCCUCCUGCUCUCCUCCGCCCAUCAAGCCUGUCAGGCGGUCCAAAGCCCGAACCGAACCGGCCUCCUGCUGCCGAGGGGCCAAACAGCGACCCUGCUGCAGCAGCGCUACCUCAGCCUGCCCAUGUAUCUGGACUCGGACCUGCCGCUGCUGCGGAGGGACUUUUUCUCCCCGGCCAGAGGCACCGGGCAGGAGGCUUUACCGCAGCCGGUCAGGGAGCUGCUGCUGCCCGUGUGGCCCCACGCCAGCGGCCCGCCCAGCGUGUCGGGGGCCGCCGUGAGGACUUCCUGUGAGCGCAACAAGAUGCAGCUGCAGGUGGAGAGGAGCGUCCUGGGCUCCGGAGACGCAGGUUCUCACCUGAAGCUGGGGACCUGCUCAGUCAGCAGGUCUACUGAAGAUCACGUUUACUUUGAGUACGAUCUGCGCAUGUGCGGAACCAAGCGUACCAUGAUCAACAACCAGAUUGUCUACUUUAACAUGUUGCGUUAUGACCCGCCCAAACCCAGAGGACCGAUCAGACGAGCGGCGCCCUUCAGCAUGCCGGUGGCUUGUUAUUUCAACAGGUUUGUUUAUUCGUAUAAAGUCGGAUACACUCCGAAGGUGCAGAUGCAGAAGGUCCUGAAGAAGAUGAAGAACUCUGCUGAAUUUGUUCUGACACCAAGAAACGCUCAGUGGAACCAGCUUUCCAGGUCCGACCACUUUGUCCUCGGUGAGCCCAUGUUCUUUGCUGCUGAGGCGGAAGCUUUGUCCAGAGAUGAGCGACUGUACGUCCACACAUGUUACGUGACCCCAGAGGAGUCCCACACCUCCACGCCUCAGUUUCCAGUCGUAACUAACUUUGGAUGCAUGGUUGAAAGUAAGAACGGCCGCUCCAGAUUCAUCCCCCACAAAAACAACGCAGUGAGAUUUUCUCUUGAUGCCUUCGUCUUUAAGGGAAUGACGGGUCAGCAGCUCUACAUGCACUGCAGCAUGGUUGUGGGCAGUUCUGCUCCGACACCAACAGCUAAGUCCUGCAACUAUGACACAAAAGUCCGAAGGUGGGUGGAGCUGUUUGGGUCCGAGUCGGUCUGCGACUGCUGUGAGUCCAGCUGCAGCUCAGAUCAGUCAACAGAGACUGAAGUCAUCAGCAGCACAUCUUGGACAAUAAAUCCUGAAGUGAAAUCCGCGUCUCUGAACCAGAAGAGGAAGACGGCGGGCAGCAGCAGAGAUCUGACAGAAAGCCCAGCAGGGAGGACCGAGGAGAAGCUGUGGCCUGCAGGAGUGGUCGGUGUUCAGAUGGGUGGGGGGGCGGAGGGGAGGCGGGGGAAAGACGGCGAGGAGAAGCUCUCUGCACUUCAAGCAAUGUUUGAGGACAUCUUUGAUUUUGACUGAGAGGUUUGGUCAACUUUUAGUUUAGAGUUUAGUGCAUGUAAAAGAAAAUUGGUGAAUAAAAUAAAUAUUUCAGUUAAAUCU